AUGAAGGGUAUUAAAGUUAAAAUUGGUGAAUGUACAAAAACUGGGUUAAAAUAUGGAGAAUUAGAAGAUAGAAGUUUUUUAGUUAUGGAUGAAUCUUCAAAAAAGUACGUUACUGCAAAAGAAUAUAAGAAAAUGUUAACAAUUCAACCAUCAAUAAAAAAUGGAAUCUUAAAUUUAUAUUCAUGUUUGAGUAAAAAAGAAAUAAAUGUAACAAUAGACGACGUUAUUGAAAGAAGAAAUAUUGUCAAAGUUGAAUGUUAUGAAGGAGGUAUAUGUGAAGGAUAUGAUUGCGGAGAUGAUGUAAGCAAUUUCUUAAAAGAAACUCUUGAAACUUCUUGUAAUCUUCGUCUAAUAAAAUAUUCGAAUAGUUUGUUUGAUCAAAGAAAAGCAACUGUUCAUAGAAAUGAAACAUUAAACUAUCCAAUUAUAGUAGAUCACGAUGUUAAAUAUCAGGACGAAGGACCAUUUAUGAUUAUGACAACUAAUUCUUUAAAUGAUCUUAAUAGUAAAAUUGAAGACGAAAUAAUGUCAGUUGAAAGAUUCAGACCAUCAAUCAUGGUUGAAUGUUACAAAGAUAUCCCUCCAUUUAUUGAAGACUAUUGGAAUGAUAUUCAUGUUGGAGAUGUCCAAUUUUACCAUUUAAAACCAUGUACUCGUUGCGUUAUUACAUUAAUAAAUCCAGAAACAGGAUCAUGUAAUAAAACAAUGGAACCACUGAAAACUUUAAGAACUUAUCGCCUUUCUCCUGGAAAAUUAAGAAAAACAUUUGGACAAAGCCCGGUAAUGGGUGUUGUCGUUGGUAUUUUAAAAGGUGGUGUUAUAAAAGAAGGAGAUACAAUUUAUACUUCAUAUAAAACUCUUCCAUGUUAA